AUUACGUCACAGAGAUAAAGCUUGUAAAACAGAAAAGGUGGAGGUUAAGUGUUGUAACAGGUUUUUGUUAUUUGGUAGCGGUACUGUGUUUUCGUAACUAUUCUUGAUGUCAGGAGAAUUGUAAUUGCUACAAAAUGGCAGAGUACUUGGCUUCAAUUUUCGGCACUGAAAAAGACAAAGUAAACUGCUCAUUUUAUUUCAAGAUAGGGGCUUGCAGACAUGGAGAUCGUUGUUCACGAAUUCAUAACAAGCCAACAUUCAGUCAGACUGUCCUUCUCCAGAACUUGUACGUGAAUCCACAGAAUUCUGCAAAAUCAGCUGAUGGCUCACACUUACUUUUAAGUGACAAUCCUGCGGACCGGUCGCUUUUUGCGAGAUUGGUUGCAAAUGUGUCCGAUGAAGAAAUGCAGGAGCAUUAUGACAACUUCUUCGAAGAUGUUUUCGUGGAGUGUGAAGAUAAGUAUGGAGAAAUAGAAGAAAUGAAUGUGUGUGACAAUUUGGGGGAUCACCUGGUGGGCAAUGUAUAUAUCAAGUUCCGGCGAGAGGAAGACGCAGAGAAAGCUGUUUCUGAUCUGAAUAAUCGUUGGUUUGGUGGAAGGCCCGUCUAUGCGGAAUUGAGUCCGGUGACCGACUUCCGUGAAGCUUGCUGCCGCCAGUAUGAGAUGGGUGAGUGUACCCGCAGUGGAUUCUGCAACUUCAUGCACCUGAAGCCAAUCUCACGAGAGUUGCGCCGCUAUCUGUACAGUCGCCGUCGGAGGGGCCGGAGGUCUCGCUCUCGAAGCCGUAGCCGUGAUCGUGAUGGUGAGAAGAUUGCUGGAUAUCGUCGCUCAAGAUCACGUUCUCGCUCUCGCGGAGGUCGCGAUCGUGACAGGGAUCGUCGUAAGACUAAGGGCAGCGAGAGGGGCCGUUCCGAUAAGGAGAGGGAGGGACGCUCCGGCAGAUACUGAUCUUGGUCAUAGCUGGAGUGACCUUCGGUUACGUGUUCAUGAAAAUGUCGUGUCUUGUAUGAUUGCAUUUUGUAUUUUAAUCAACAUGCUGCUUGCUCUGUGGAAGGGUUCAGAAUUGAAAAUUAAAAUGGUUUAAUCACAGAGAAUAGUUGUUGAGGUAAAGUAAA